AAUCUAGUGCUGCUUUUAUUUCAACUCAGCCCCAAUUACUGAUCAACUAAAUUCAUUUGUACGAAUUUUAGACCAACACUAAGGUUGUUCAGUGUGUGUGAAAAUGGGGUCUGCAGAGUAUCAACCGUUGUUGAUGGGGCUGGACUCACACUCCAGGUUACCCGACUUAUCGUCCGACAUGAUUGAGGAGUUUUUGGAACGGAGACCGGUGGCGGCGGUGCGGUGGUGGCCCCGUCUUUUUGGGUGGGAGUCACGCCUGCUUUGGCUGCUGUCUGGGUCGGCUAUUAUUGUUUCUGUGUUUAAUUACAUGCUUAGUUUUGGCACGUUAAUGUUCACCGGGCAUUUGGGCGCUUUAGAGCUCGCCGGGGCCUCCAUUGCAAGUGUAGGAAUUCAAGGUCUCGCUUAUGGAAUUAUGUUGGGCAUGGCCAGUGCAGUCCAAACCGUAUGUGGCCAAGCUUAUGGAGCCAGGAAAUAUUCGGAAAUGGGCAUCAUUUGCCAAAGAGCAAUUGUACUGCACGUGGGGGCAGCUGUCCUCCUCACGUUUUUGUAUUGGUUCUCAGGUCCGGUCCUUAAAGCAAUGGGUCAAUCAGAAAGCAUAGCCGAGCAGGGCCAAAUUUUCGCUCGCGGUUUGAUCCCUCAACUUUACGCAUUUGCACUCAGCUGCCCUAUGCAACGUUUCCUUCAAGCACAGAACAUAGUUAACCCUUUGGCAUAUAUGUCUGUUGGGGUGUUUUUGCUGCAUAUGAUGUUGACAUGGAUUGUUGUUUAUGUCUUGGACUAUGGCCUAAUAGGGGCAGCUCUCACACUGAGUUUCUCUUGGUGGCUGCUUUCUAUUAUAAAUGGUCUUUACAUUGUUCUAAGUCCAUCUUGCAAAGAAACCUGGACUGGCUUGUCUAUCAAAGCGUUUAGAGGAAUUUGGCCCUAUUUCAAGCUUACUAUUGCUUCUGCUGUUAUGCUUUGUUUGGAGAUUUGGUACAGCCAAGGACUGGUACUUAUAUCUGGACUUCUCUCUAAUCCUACAAUCUCACUAGACUCCAUUUCCAUAUGUAUGAAUUACUUGAACUGGGACUUGCAAUUUAUGCUAGGCCUAGCUAACGGAUCCAGUAUUCGGGUGAGUAAUGAACUUGGAGCAGGACAUGCCAGAGUUGCAAAGUUUUCAGUAGUAGUAGUGAACGCGACCAGCAUCUUCAUUAGUAUAGUUUUCAGUGCAAUAGUUUUAAUAUUCAGGGUUGAAUUGAGUAAACUCUUCACAUCUGAUUCCGAGGUUAUAGAAGCAGUUUCGAAUUUGACACCACUACUUGCCAUAUCUGUUUUCUUGAAUGGGAUUCAACCUAUACUUUCAGGUGUGGCCAUUGGAAGUGGGUGGCAAGCUGUAGUUGCUUAUGUUAAUGUAGCCACCUACUACGUUAUCGGUCUCCCAAUCGGAUGUGUUCUUGGCUUCAAAACUUCUUUAGGAGUAGCAGGUAUUUGGUGGGGGUUGAUCAUUGGAGUUCUGUUUCAAACAUUAACCCUAAUUAUUAUCACAGCCAAAACAAAUUGGGAUGCAGAGGUUGUAAAAGCUGCUGAGCGUGUGAAGAAAUCUUCGAACGCCGAGACCUUAGACUUGGUGACUAACGCAUGAAGACAUUAUAUUGACCUAAAAUAAUGUGACAAUCAUUUCUGCAUAUGUAAUUCAUAUUAAUAGUGAGACUAAAGCAAGUAAUACAAGGGAAAUCAAGGCAAUAAAACUUCAAUUUAUUCUCUUC